AUUCAGCUGCAACAAUCACCAUUAUCUGGUCACCACUUUUCACGAUACGGGACGAAUCUGUAAUGAUGACGAGUGUUUCCUUCGGCCAUUGUUGAGGCAACGGGGAUAUUCUUCUGCGGGUUCACACCUACCAUCAUUGGAUAAAGGCACUCGAAUCAUUCAGGUACUUGGCGUCCUCGAGGAGCAUAUAUAAGCGGCGUGAAGUACUGUUUAUACAAACACUGCCUCAUGUCCACACACACAGGGUGUUCUAGGUCGACUCUGACAGCGCGCUUCGCCGUUCCUCGAGUGGAUAGAUAUUUUUACUCAUAUCAUCUGUAUCCUCUCCUUUGGAUAGUUAUUACGCACAAGGAUUCUGGGUUUUUUUUCCGGACAGAAUGGCUGUUGCUGCAAAGUUCAGUUUUUCCGUGAGGAGCAUCCUGGAUUUGCCUGAGCAUGACGCCAAGACAGCGCAGCCUUCCCCCGGUAACUCCUGCUACAGCUCCCCUUACUCCUCCUGGAUGGACAGCGACCGGAGCCCUUGUCUCUCUUCAGACGAGGGUAGCCUGGAGAUCUCCCCAAACAAGUCCGACGAGUCUUCUCUGGACUCUGAGGCCGAGAAGAAGAAGAAGCGCCGCGUGCUCUUCUCAAAGGCCCAGACCUUCGAGCUUGAGAGACGCUUCCGUCAGCAGCGCUAUCUGUCAGCACCAGAGCGGGAGCAGCUCGCCCAUCUCCUCAGCCUGACGCCGACGCAGAUCAAGAUCUGGUUCCAGAACCACAGGUACAAAAUGAAGAGGUCGCGAGUAGAGGGAGCGCCACAAGACAUAAACCAAUCGCCAAUGUUGCGAAGAGUAGUGGUACCCAUCCUAGUUCGGGAUGGCAAGCCUUAUCAGACCUGUUUCAUUAACACGGAGAAAGGAGGCUGUCUUAGACCGACCACGUCCCCGGGUACACCCUUCAGUUUGGGGUACCAGUCUUUCCAGCUUCCGUCACCGUUCGGUCUACCUUCCCCAUACCAGCAUUUUGCCAGCCCGGCAGCAUCUAGACACACCUUUGCUUGGAGAGACUUUCUGAAUGACUCAGCUCAAUUCAGUUCUUUUAAGUGA